AUGUCACUGGACCAGUUUGUAGGAACGUGGGUAGAAGCAAAGAAGGAAGGAUUUCAUGGUUUGGCAGCAGCUUUAGGCCUCUCCGAUGAACAGCGCACGUUCUUUGAGAACAGUCAGUCGCAGCUGACGUACGAGAGAGACGGAGACACUUGGACCAUUCACGUAGGGAUCGUGGGGAUACCGCAGACAACGACCUUCACAUUCAAGAUGGGUCAACUGUACGACUCUACAAACAUUGACGGGUCUCCGCUGAAGAGCGUCAUCAGACAAGAUGGCAGCCGACUGGUCGAGCGACAUGAGAGCAACGGUCAACGCACAUUCGUCAUGGACAUCGUUCGUGACGUCAGCGGGGAUACCAUGAACGCGACAACUUCCAUUGGAGGUAUGGCCAUGCAGACGAUAUACAAGAGAGUGUGA